UACAUAAGCAAAUCAAUGGAUUUCAGAAUUUCUCUUCACUUUGCAGUGAGGGAUAGCGAUAUUUCGACUUCCAUAUGUACUACUCCUCUAAUGAGACAAAGAACUGGAUUGAGAGCAGGCAGGACUGUAGACGGAGAGGAGCAGACCUGGUGAUCAUAAACAGCAAAGAGGAACAGGAGUUCCUUGAUAAAAUGCUGGGCAGGAAAAGGGCUUGGAUUGGUCUGAGUGACAGAGACAAAGAGGGGGUGUGGAAAUGGGUGGAUGGUACACCACUGACCACUGCGUUUUGGCGUAGCGGGGAACCGAAUGAUUCAGGAGGUGAUGAGGAUUGUGCUGAGAUUUCGGAAGAAAAUAAGAUCUGGAAUGAUAUGCCAUGUUCAACUAACCAAAUAAUUUCUUGGGUCUGUGAGAAAGUUAACUAAUUAAAUAAAUAUAGUGAAAUGAAAUCAAAUCAAACUCUGUUUAUGGAGAAGUUCAGUUCAUUUUUUAAAAAGCCGGAAGUCUAUAAAAUACAGAUUAUAUAGUCAUUUGAAAAAAUUAGAAC